AUGUGCUCUGAAAAUGUACAAGUAUUUGAAAUAAAAGAGGUACAAAAAGAUAAAGAAAAAUAUUGGCCUCAGAUUUUAACAAUAUUUAUUCUUUCUUUGGGUUUCUUCACAAAUGGACUCCUACUUACUUGGAGCUCACCCUACGCAAUGGUUAUCGUUGAAGAUAAAGAUAACUACAAUAUAACUGAAGAAGAAGCUUCUUAUUUCAUUACUUUCAAUCCUUUGGGAAUGAUUUUCGCCAGUUUGUUCUACUUUAAAAUCUCAGAGUACUUGGGAAGAAAAAAAUCUUUGAUCUCCUUAGCUGUACCACAAACUUUUAGUUGGAUAAUAAUUAUUUUUGCAACAAACAAAUGGCAUUUUUACGUAGCACGAUUCAUAGGUGGAAUGGCUGAGACUGUUUUAUUUUGCAGCAUUCCACCUUAUAUUGGUGAAGUAACUUCACCUACAGUCAGAGGAUAUUUCGGAAAUAUACCAAUGUUUAGUUUAAACCUUGGAACAGUUGCUAUUUCAAUAUUAGGAAUCUACCUAAACGUAAAGCCAUCAGCUUACAUAUGCCUAUCAGUUCCAUUACUUUUCUUACUCCUCGUAGCACUUGUAUUGCCAGAAUCCCCUUAUCAGCUAAUAAAAGACUUGCAAUACACAAAAGCUCAUGAGACUAUAAGGUGGUUUCGAAGAAAACCUGAUGUGGAAGACGAUUUUAUAAAAAUGAAGGCAGACGUGGAAAGGCAAAUUUCAGAAAGCGGAAACUGGAAGGAUCUUUAUAAAAUCGCUAGUAACAGGAAAGCGCUGCGCGCUGGUAUAUUUCUAAGAUUCUCUCAGCAAUUUUGUGGCAUUGCUGUGUUUUAUUCGUUUAUUCAAAGCAUAUUUGAAAAAGCUGGAGGAAAUCUGAGUGCCCAAAAUUCCUCUUUAAUAUUCAUCAGCACCGUUUGCAUCCUUAAUUUGCUUUGUAGCGCAGUCAUAGAAAAAUUCGGAAGGAAAGCAACAUAUUUCUACUCAAUAUUGAGCUGCGGCAUAAUCCUUAUACUGAUGUCGAUUUAUUUCGCCUUAGAACAAUAUCAAUUAGCCAAUUUGGAACAAUUUAAUUGGUUCCCUUUAGUAGGCAUGCUAAGUUUUGUAUUGGCAUUCUCUCCAGGCUUAGGUAUUGUACCCACCUUGAUGCUAGCCGAAUUAUUUUCUGCCAGUGUCAAAUCUAAAUGCCUUUCCCUUUUGAUGGCAGCAUUUGGCAUAUCCGUAUUGCUUACCACUAAUAUAUUUAUUUUUUUAACGAGUUAUGUAGGGCUGUUUUGCCCUUUUCUAGUUUACGGGAUAAACUGCGUGAUUUCGUCUGUAUUCACUUUGCGCUGGGUGCCAGAGACUAAAGGAAAAACUUUAGAAGAAAUUCAACAAGAACUUAAGAAGUGAUUUUUAUUGGAAAAUAUUUUAUUAACUAAUUGCUUAAACGUUAGAAUACUUUGAGAAGUAAUUUUCAAUAGCUUCAUCUUUUUUUCUCAGUACCUACCAAUUUAGUCUUCUUAAUCUUUGAUCACAAUUUCUAGUAUAACUUUUAGUACGUAUUGUUACUAAAGACAUACAAACGAUGAUUUAACAUAAAUUCAAUUAUUAAUCCAUCAUAUUAUGAAACCCAUGUAGCUUCAUAUGUUUAAAAUAUCCGGCAGCAUAAAAACUUUUCUUGCACAAAUGACAAGUGUGUUUUCUCAAGUUACUUUUUCUAUUAGAUACUUCUUGGAUUCUGAAUGGCCUUACAUAAAAUCGAAUUUUUUUGUUAUAAACAGGUGCUCUAUCAAUGUAGGAACUAAGUUCUUCAUGGUUACGGGAAUGUUUUUUUAAUUGAAAUUUUGUACAUUUCAUUAGGCAUAUAGGACACCUGUACAGUUUGUUAUUUGUAGUUUCUGGUUUUUUAUUCAAUAAAGCUAAUGUUUUAUUGAUA